AUGACUGAUGUUUCUCCCACAAACAAGACCGACACCACAACUCUGCGUAAUGUUUCGACCACCAGAGGGAACAAAAGACAAGCUCUUAGCUCUCCACCUCAGGUGGCUACUGAAGAAAAGCUUUCGCGAGAUAAUGUUCGUCAAAUAAUUCAGGAAGUAAUGAAAACUGAACUGUCGCAAAUGCUGUUAAAAAUUAAUGAAAGUACUAAUAACAUCCUAAACAGAGAGUUACAGCCUAUUCAUGAGAAAAUUGCAGUCAUGACUGACUCUAUGACAUUCAUGAAUAGUCAGUAUGAGGAUCUACUAAAGGAGCACGCCGCAUCUAAAGAGAUUAUAAAAGACUUGCAAAGGGUAAAUAUGGAUAUGAAAAAUAAUAUUGGCGACUUAAAAGAACGUAUAAAUCAGCUGGAACAACAAACAAGAUCCAAUAAUAUCGAAAUUCAGUGCUUACCAGAGAAGAAGCAGGAAAAUUUGUUUCAUAUUGUGGCAGCAUUGUCUAAGGUGGUUGGAUGUACUAUGGAGGAUAGAGAUAUCUUGCAUUGCACCAGAGUUGCUAAACUCAAUCCCAAAAAUACCCGCCCACGUUCAAUAGUAGUACAGCUCGCAUCUCCUAGGAUUCGCGACCAACUCCUUGCAUCUUCUAUUAGUUUCAAUAAAAAUAACUCAGAAAAUAAGCUGAAUACUACACAUCUCGGCUACUCAGGACCAAAGACUGCAAUUUAUAUUAUGGAACACCUCUCCUCUACGAACAAGUCUCUGCAUGCUGCUGCGAGGAUUAAGGCUAAGGAACUUGGCUAUAAAUAUGUCUGGGUCAGAGGAGGUCGCGUAUUCAUGCGUAAAGUUCAAGAAUCCGAGCACAUCCUAAUUAGAAACAAGGACAUCUUAGAUAAAUUAGCUUGA